AUGAUCUCUCCGGCGGUUGUUAAUGCAGCUGACCCACUUCUUUUGGUUUCCAACGCAUCGUCAAGACCAGAAACCCUCUAUAAAGGGCAACAGAUAUCUUGGCUGUUCCGCUUAAUCCCACUGACUCAGUGUUCAUUUCUCAUGUUCAUCCUGAUUUACCUCCUUUUGUAGGAGAUAUUGUAGCAAGGGCCGACCGGCCUUAAACGACGAGCUACGACGUCUCCAUAG